UGUUAUUUGCAUUCAGAACAUUUUAACUCACCGUUACACGCCUUUAAAAAAUAGUUAAUUCAGGCUCAGACUACCUCCAUGAGAAGUGAUUUUGUUAGAAAAUUUCUGAAUAAAGUAAUAUUGUUUCUUUGCUUAAAUGCACUGCAAGCUCAUUGUAAAGGAAUUAUUGAGAUUCAGAAUGCAAAGGAAAUAGGUAGACUCCUGCUUUUAAAGACGGAUGAAAAUGGAGACUUAAUAUGUAAAACAAAUGAAGAUUGCAAAUAUCCUUAUAAGUGUAAAGCCAUUCUUGGAAUGGAUGAAAAAAUCUGCAUUGAACCAGAAUGCGAAAAACCCGAGGAUUGUGAAUACCCCCUUAAAUGUGAGGAAGUUAUUCAUGUGCCAGGAAAAUACUGUAUUCGGCAACAAUGCGAAAACCAUGAAGAAUGUGAAUUCCCAUUAAAAUGUGAUUCCGUUCCCGAACUUCAUGGAAAAUUUUGCAUUCGUAAACAGUGCUCGGAUGAUAAUGAUUGCAUAUAUCCUCUGAAGUGUAUUGAUCAUAAAAAUGGAGAAGGACAUGUGUGUUCAAAAUGCAAUUGUGCUGAAACACAAGAGUGCUUCCUAAAUGAGCACGGAGAAGCGGAUUGUAGGUGUCCGUCUUGGGAAACUGAAUUCAACGUGGAUGGCGUUCAAACAUGUGUUGAAUGCAAUUGUGCUGAAACACAAGUGUGCUUCCUAAAAGGGCACGGAGAAGCAGAUUGCAGGUGUCCGUCUGGUGAAACUGAAUUCAACGUGGAUGGUGUUAAAACAUGUCUUGAAUGCAAUUGUGCUGAAACACAAGAAUGCAUCAUAAAUGAGCAAAAAGAAGCAGAUUGUAGGUGUCCGUCUGGUAAAACUGAAUUCAACGUUGAUGGCGUUAAAACAUGUGUUGAAUGCAAUUGUGCUGAAAAACAAGAGUGCAUCCUAGAAGGGCACGGAGAAGCAGAUUGCAGGUGUCCGUCUGGUGAAACUGAAUUCAACGUGGAUGGCGUUAAAACAUGUAUUGAAUGCAAUUGUGCUGAAUCACAAGAGUGCUUCCUAAAUGAGCUCAAAGAAGCAGACUGUAGGUGUCUGUCUGGUAAAACUGAAUUUAGCGUGGAUGGCGUUAAAACAUGUGUUGAAUGCAAUUGUGCUGAAACACAAGAGUGCUUCCUAAAUGAGCACAAAGAAGCAGACUGUAGGUGUCUGUCUGGUAAAACUGAAUUUAGCGUGGAUGGCGUUAAAACAUGUGUUGAAUGCAAUUGUGCUGAAACACAAGAGUGCUUCCUAAAUGAGCACAAAGAAGCAGACUGUAGGUGUCUGUCUGGUAAAACUGAAUUUAGCGUGGAUGGCGUUAAAACAUGUGUUGAAUGUAAUUGUGCUGAAACACAAGAGUGCUUCCUAAAUGAGCACAAAGAAGCAGACUGUAGGUGUCUGUCUGGUAAAACUGAAUUUAGCGUGGAUGGCGUUAAAACAUGUGUUGAAUGCAAUUGUGCUGAAUCACAAGAGUGCUUCCUAAAUGAGCACAAAGAAGCAGAUUGUAGGUGUCUGUCUGGUAAAACUGAAUUUAGCGUGGAUGGCGUUAAAACAUGUGUUGAAUGCAAUUGUGCUGAAUCACAAGAGUGCUUCCUAAAUGAGCACAAAGAAGCAGAUUGUAGGUGUCUGUCUGGUAAAACUGAAUUUAGCGUGGAUGGCGUUAAAAUAUGUGUUGAAUGCAAUUGUGCUAAAUCACAAGAGUGCUUCCUAAAUGAGCACAAAGAAGCAGAUUGUAGGUGUCUGUCUGGUAAAACUGAAUUUAGCGUGGAUGGCGUUAAAACAUGUGUUGAAUGCAAUUGUGCUGAAACACAAGAGUGCUUCCUAAAUGAGCACAAAGAAGCAGACUGUAGGUGUCUGUCUGGUAAAACUGAAUUUAGCGUGGAUGGCGUUAAAACAUGUGUUGAAUGCAAUUGUGCUAAAUCACAAGAGUGCUUCCUAAAUGAGCACAAAGAAGCAGAUUGUAGGUGUCUGUCUGGUAAAACUGAAUUUAGCGUGGAUGGCGUUAAAACAUGUGUUGAAUGCAAUUGUGCUGAAUCACAAGAGUGCUUCCUAAAUGAGCACAACGAAGCAGAUUGUAGGUGUCUGUCUGGUAAAACUGAAUUUAGCGUGGAUGGCGUUAAAACAUGUGUUGAAUGCAAUUGUGCUGAAACACAAGAGUGCUUCCUAAAUGAGCACAAAGAAGCAGACUGUAGGUGUCUGUCUGGUAAAACUGAAUUUAGCCUGGAUGGCGUUAAAACAUGUGUUGAAUGCAAUUGUGCUGAAUCACAAGAGUGCUUCCUAAAUGAGCACAAAGAAGCAGAUUGUAGGUGUCUGUCUGGUAAAACUGAAUUUAGCGUGGAUGGCGUUAAAACAUGUGUUGAAUGCAAUUGUGCUGAAUCACAAGAGUGCUUCCUAAAUGAGCACAAAGAAGCAGAUUGUAGGUGUCUGUCUGGUAAAACUGAAUUUAGGGUGGAUGGCGUUAAAACAUGUGUUGAAUGCAAUUGUGCUGAAUCACAAGAGUGCUUCCUAAAUGAGCACAAAGAAGCAGAUUGUAGGUGUCUGUCUGGUAAAACUGAAUUUAGCCUGGAUGGCGUUAAAACAUGUGUUGAAUGCAAUUGUGCUGAAUCACAAGAGUGCUUCCUAAAUGAGCACAAAGAAGCAGAUUGUAGGUGUCUGUCUGGUAAAACUGAAUUUAGCGUGGAUGGCGUUAAAACAUGUGUUGAAUGCAAUUGUGUUGAAUCACAAGAGUGCUUCCUAAAUGAGCUCAAAGAAGCAGAUUGUAGGUGUCUGUCUGGUAGAACUGAAUUUAGCGUGGAUGGCGUUAAAACAUGUGUUGAAUGCAAUUGUGCUGAAUCACAAGAGUGCUUCCUAAAUGAGCACAAAGAAGCAGAUUGUAGGUGUCUGUCUGGUAAAACUGAAUUUAGCGUGGAUGGCGUUAAAACAUGUGUUGAAUGCAAUUGUGCUGAAACACAAGAGUGCUUCCUAAAUGAGCUCAAAGAAGCAGAUUGUAGGUGUCUGUCUGGUAAAACUGAAAUUAGCGUGGAUGGCGUUAAAACAUGUGUUGAAUGCAAUUGCACACCAACACAAGAGUGCUUCGUAAAUGAUCAAAAAGCUGCUGAUUGUAGAUGUCCUUCCGGUAAAACUGAAUUCGAGGUAUAUGGCGUUAAAACAUGCUUUGAUUGUUAUUGCGGUGAAAAUUCAAAUUCCUGUUACUUUGACUGGAAGGGGAAUAAAAUAUGCAAUUGUUCUCACGGAUAUGCUGAAAAUCAUGAACACUGCGAUGAAUGCAAUUGUGGUCCUUAUGGUUCAUGUAGUUUCCAGUAUGGGCGAAAGCAUUGCGAUUGCAUAUCAGGAAAAUUUGAAAAGAAUGGAAUGUGCGUUGACUGUGAAUGUGGGAUUUACUCAUAUUCUUGCUUUUUGGAUUCGGAAACCAACAAAGUAUGCAAUUGCUACUUUGGAUAUUCUCAACUUGGUGGAUUAUGCGAAGAAUGCAAUUGUGGACCUUAUGGUACAUGCAGUUUUGAAUAUGGUCGGAAGAAAUGUAACUGCAGAUCGUUCGCAACUGAAAUGAAUGGAGUAUGUGUAGAAAUGGAUACCUCAUCAAAAGGUACAACCGAUUCUUUAAUUAUGUCAACAAUUCUCUCAUCAACUGUACAGGAAUGCGAUUGUGGCGAAAAUUCAAAAUCUUGUCGUUUUGAUUGGAAGGGUAAAAAAAUAUGCGACUGCAUUUCUGGAUAUGCUCAGAUUGACGAAUUUUGUAAAGAGUGCAACUGUGGUGUAAAUGUAGAAUCAUGCUUCUUUAGAAGGAAUGGAACAAAAGCAUGCCACUGUGAUUUUGGAUACAUUCAAAUCAACGGACAUUGUGCUGCCAUAUGCAAUGAAGAUAAAUGUGUACAUGGAAAAUGCGAAGUAAUCGAUAAUGACUUUAACUGCAGAUGCACUGAAGGUUACACUGGCCGUAGAUGUGAAGAGAAAAUUGAAGAUAAAAAUAAAAAGCAGGAACUAUGGAGGAUCUUGCAAGUUUCCUUGAUAUUUGGCAUCUUUGUGUUGCUUUCUGGAAUGCUUUGCAUUUUGAUUUCCAAAAAAUCCAAAAAAUAAGAACUGAUUCGAAACUAUUUCUUCCCUCUAGAAAUGAACUGAGAAGAAUUUCCUUCACUCAAUACAAGCACUAUAUAAAAGAAGAGUUUCCAUUUUUUAGAUACCAUAUAUUAUGUUGUUUAAAAAGAAACAAAUAAAACCUUAA